ACAACAUGCUUACAAAAUGGAGUUUCUGUGUCUUGCCAAGGGAGAUCAAAUCUCCAAACAAAGUCCACUUCGGAAGCUGACACCCUUUCUGGACAAAGAUGGAUUAUUGAGAGUCGGUGGCCGUAUGUCUGCAACUGAUAUGUCGUUUGAGGAUAGACACCCUCUGAUUAUUCCCAAGCUGCACAUUGCUACAUUGCUGGUGAGAAAAUAUCAUGAGCAGUCUGCACACCAAGGACGACAUUUCACGGAAGGAGCUAUUAGAUUAGCAGGACUUUGGCUAAUUGGAGGGAAACGACUUGUGUCAAGUGCGAUACAUAAAUGUGUAACUUGCAAAAGACUGAGAGGUAAAAUGCAGGUCCAGAAGAUGUCAGACUUGCCACCUGACAGUGUCACCAGAGCCACCAUUUACUCAUGUUGGUUUGGAUGUUUUCGGACCUUGGAUGGUGACUGCCCGAAGGACAAGAGGAGGGCAUGCUGAAAGUAAACGAUGGGCCGUCAUAUUCACUUGUCUGAGCACUAGAGCGGUGCACAUCGAGGUCAUAGAGACGAUGACCACUGCAAGCUUCAUCAAUGGACUCAGACGUUUCAGUGCCAUUAGAGGGCCCAUUAAAACAAUUCGAUCAGACCAGGGCACAAAUUUCAUUGGAGCCUGUAAAGAACUCAAACUCAACACAACUGAUCCUGAGUUGAAGACAUACCUUAAAGACAACAAGAGCACAUGGAUAUUCAACCCUCCCCACUCUUCCCACAUGGGCGGAGUGUGGGAGAGGAUGAUCGGCAUUGCUCGACGGAUUUUGGAUGCUCUUCUCCUCAAGCUGAAUCCAUCGUAUCUCACACAUGAGAUACUAGUCACUCUGAUGGCGGAAGUCACUGCCAUUAUGAACUCAAGACCAUUGGUCUCAGUGUCCUCUGACCCAGAAGCGCCAGCAGUUCUUACCCCAUCAAUGUUGUUGACACAUAAAAAGGAUACAUUGGCUGCACCUUCUGGGGAUUUUGAUGUUAACGAUCUUUCCAACAAACACUGGAGGAGAGUCCAAGCCCUUGCUGAUGCCUUUUGGAAAAGGUGGAGGCAGGAGUAUCUGACGACGCUUCAAACAAAGGGAAAAUGGAAUAUGGAGAAGCCCAACCUGCAAGUAGGAGAUGUGGUGCUGCUGAAGGACUCACAAAUGAAAAGAACUGAGUGGCCUACUGGACUUGUGGUUAAAACCUUUCCUAGUCGAGAUAAUACAGUGCGUAAGGUGGAGGUUAAAGUAGUCAAACAUGACAUUCCUAGAGUGUAUUUGCGUCCUAUUUUAGAGUUGAUUUUACUGUUCCAUGCAAAAAAUGUAUAGUGGUGUAAAAUACCAGGCGGGGAGUGUGCUGCCACUGCUGGAGUGCAGUAGCGCCACCAGCCCACUAGGGGAGCAGGUGGGCGGGUUAACCUAAGUUUCUGCAAUUGAAUAAGAAAACAAGUUGAGAGAGUCUGAACUGGUAGCGUCCCGCAGGUUGUUGUUCUCAAAGUUAUUUUUCACACAGAGCAUGGGAAAUAUAUGCCUUGACCCCCCAUAACAACGCAUUUUAGUUCCAUCCAUGACAUCAUGAUGCAAAUCCAGUGUGUUGUGGCUCCAUCCAGUACUUAUGAGCUGCUGAGCUGAGUGGAGCAGUAGAGU